AUGACCUUCUCAGGAGCCAAACAGGGACUGAACUGGCGGACCUUCUGGUGCUGCUGUUUCUUGUCACUGGGCAGUUUCAGCUAUGGCUAUGCAGCUUCGAUCAUCUCCACGACGCUCGGCCAGCCAACGUUUCUAGCAUAUAUGCAUCUAAUUGAUGCCCAGGGAAACCCAACCUCGAAUGAGGCCGCGUUGGUCGGAGCCACAGUUGGCUUGUUCUGCACCGGGGGAUGUAUAGGCGUGCUAGCUACCAGCUGGUCGCUCGACAGGAUCGGAAGGAGACCAACAAUGCUAGUCCUUGUGGCCAUCUACACAAUAGGCGGUGUUUUAGUCACAGCAUCUCAAAACAUUGGCAUGUUCAUCGCUGCACGGGCAAUCCAUGGAUUUGCAGGAGUCAGCUUCCUCGCAGCCACUGCCACAUAUAUUACCGAACUUUCUCAGGCGGAAACCAGAGGAUUUUUCACCGGCUUGACGGGCGUCGCCAUCGCCAUCGGCUAUACCACUGCUGCAUUGAUGGGUCUCGCCUUCUCCUACACGACAAAUCCCGACGUGCAAUGGAGGACUCCUCUGGGCUUGUGUCUGGUGCCAUCCACCACUCUCCUGGCAGUGCUACUGUUCUGGGCCCCCGAGUCCCCACGCUACCUGCUCCUCAAGGGUCGUGCGGAAGAAGCAUGGCAGAUCGUUAGCAGACUCCACCACAACCCGCGGGACGAGAACCAGGAAUACAUCAAGGAAGAAUUUUACCAGAUGCGCACGCAGCUCGAGCUGGACCGCACCCUCAACUGCUCCUGGUUUCAGCUAUUCGCAAAACCUUCAUACAGAAAGCGAAUGCUCAUGGCAAGCCUGGUGACCUUCCUGGGUCAGAGCACUGCUGUACUUGUUGCUGCUGCCUAUGGUCCCUCUCUCUACGCCGCACUGGGAUUCAACGUCAAACAAAGCCUUAUUCUACAAUGUGGUUGGAUCGCAGGUUCCAUCCCGGCAGCAAUAAUCGGCGUUACAUUAUGUGACCGUUUUGGACGCAAGCCUUUUAUCAUGACUGGCUUCGUGGGGUGCGUCGUGGCCCUGGCCAUUCUGACUGCCAUGGAAGCCGUCUACGCUCCCACAGCAACCAAUAAAGUCGGACUGGGCUGGGCAGUGACGGCCUUGUACCUCAUUGUCAUCUUCUAUUGUGUCGGUGUCGAGGCCUGCGGCUCCCCCUUCUAUUGCGAAAUCUUCCCGACCCAUAUUCGCGCAAAGGGGGUCUGUUUCUGCUUCUUUGUCAACAGCCUUGCCAACCUGCUCUACCUCGAAGUGGCACCCACCGCUUUACAGGAUAUCGGAUGGAGGUUUUUGCUGGUCUUUAUCUGCGUCCUCUCCGUCGGAUCGGUGCUCUACUGGUUCUGGGUCCCAGAGACAAGAUCUGUGCCUUUGGAACAGCUCGCCUUGAUUUUUGGCGACACCGACGAGGUGAAGAUUCACUCGGAGGAAAUCUCCAUCAACGACGAAGGAGGGCCCGCUCAGAACGUGAGUGUGGCCGGAAAGGAAGAGCCGCAAGUCGUUCUGCACGAGAAAGUCUAA